ACACAAUAAGCGCAACUUCUCACCUUAAACUUGCAACUCAAUUAAUCCGACUGAAUAGAAUAAAAAUUAUACAGACGCAACCGGUCUUGAUUGAAGGUCUUUAAGCGGCAAAACAUCAUAUCCAAGUCGGAAGUGAUACACCUGAACCAAUUAUAUCGGCGCAAGUUAGGUUUUUGUAGUCGAAACUUGGCUUUUUAUAAUAUCGGCACAGGUUGUUGAUAAUCUACAAAGUAGUCUUUUUUUGUAGUCGAAAAUAAGUGGUUUUAUGUUGGAUGCGCGUAAUUCCGCGAAUAGUGGCAGUAUAGCGAACAGGUAGGCCUAGGUCGAGGUCAAAUUGUGUUGCCAUUCAGACAACAGACGACACUACGGUGCAUGGUGUACCGUAGGCCUACUUUGCAGUUUUGUCCAGUUGCGCGUCUUCAGUCACAAUGGACGUCACAACGCUAGUCUGGCCGAUUGCCGUACUCUACAUUUUCGUAGAUGUCAACUACUUCCUGAGGACGGUCUUCACUCUGCUCGUAGGAAUAGUGUUCAACAAGAGAGUGCGCAUUAAUGAGACUACUAAGAUCUAUGGUAUAUGCCUCCCAUCGGAUGUAGACAUGAUGGUGUGUCACAUGAACAAUGCACGCUACUUGCGCGAGCUGGACUUUGCGCGCUACCAUUUCUACGAGCGCGCGGGUCUGUUCGCGCGCAUGUUCGCUGCACGCACUGUCACGCUGCAAACUGCUUGCUGGAUCAGGUAUCGGCAGGCUAUUGCUACGUUCGCCGUUUACACCAUUCAUACUAAG